AUGAUGAGUUACUCUAAUCAUGUUGCCGAUCCACUUACAGACGAAAUGCGGGAAAACUUGGAGAUUCAGUGGGCGAGCCACUCGUCGGACAAUUUUGAGUACCUCGAAAAGUUUCGUCGUGAAGACCGUUUCGCAGAUGUGUACCUCGCGUCCGGUGAAUGCUUCAUUUCCGCGCACCGGAAUGUUCUUGCUGCAGCAUCUGCUUUCUUUGAUCGCCUCUUCAGUCGGAUUGAAGCGCAAGGGUUUAUUUCGUCUCCGAAGACCAUCAUCACGUUGGAUUCCGAUGCGGAUGUCAUGAGUGCUGUAGUUGAUUUUAUGUAUUCUGGAGAAGCUGUGAUUAAUUCGCUGCAGUUGGACGAUUUCAUGCGGCUGGCGUCGCGUUUGGAAAUUCGUGGGCUGAAGCAAGGCAGUAAUCAUCCUGUCGAGUCUACGCGGUCUUUUGGGAAGCGUAAGUUGUUGAUUAAAGGUCAAGAAAUCGAACCAAGUCCCUCCCGCCGUUCCGUGAGGAAGCGUCCGAUUUUGGAUUACUCCGAGGUGCCCGAAACUGGUCGAAGAGGUCGACGAGAGAAAAAGAAUGAGGAUCCGGAUUUUGUUGCUUCUCGCCCUUCCCGUGCCUCGGAGACUGGCCGUUCUUCCUCAUUUGGAGCUUCUGAAUCUAUUGGCGAGAUCAAAAUGGAGGACUUCAGUGCAGACGUAGAUGCCAUUGAGGAUGCUGCAUUUGGAAACGAAGCCUCACAAGAGGACGUCGAUUAUUCGGAUCCGCCUCAGACAUUCGAAAUCAUAACGACGCAAAAGAACAACGAAUGCUUGGUUCUUGGUGGUUACCAGUAUCAAACCGACAAGUUGUUGCGGAGUGGAGUCUCGAGUUGGAGGUGUUCUCAGCACCGAAUGAUGCAGUGCAAAGGUAGGAUUCAGCUUGAUCCGACGAGAACGCGAGUAUUGACGCGGGAUCCUGGACACAGUCACCCGCCUGAUUAUGAGAGGAUAACAGCGAAAAAACUUGUGUUCGCUCUAAAACGUGCUGUCGCCGAGAGUCCAGGUUCUAUUCAGUCAAAGGAUGCCAUUCAGAAUUUCAUCAUGGAAUCUGGAAUCCCGGGAGAUGCGCUUGCGAAGCUUCCAUCAGCCGAGUCUUUGAAACGUAAAAUUCAAAGGUUUGCCAAGAAGCAGGAGGAGAAGAAGAACGACCACAAUGAAGCAGAAUCCUCUGAAGACUCAUUCCUCAUGUGAACGUUUCAUUUUUUUUUUCUAAGAAAGGUUGUGUCGAAUAAAUUUUUUCUGAACAAUUCCUAAUGAAAAGAUCACGAGAGCUUGACGAGAAGGUUUGUCAAUCUCUCCAUGAUCAGUGCCUGUGAUGGUAUGAUCUUCAUCAUAGGCAUGAACGAGAUUACUUGAGAGGGUCAUAAUGAUUUUCGUAAUCACUGAUGAUAUGAUUCCUUGCAUUUUGUUUAAUUACGAGCAUUUAUUUUUUGGCUCGCCGUAGAUCAAAAACGAUCUUUGGAUCCAUGUGUGUAAUGGCCCGUGUUAUGAAUUUCUGUAAUUUAUGAUUUUGGGACCAAAUAUACCGGAUUUUCGGCA